AUGCCCCUAAGCCGUGGCGAAAUGUACACCCGGAUGCUUGAAGACCAUGACGAUAAUCCGAAAAUCUGGAUAGUUGCGGCGAAAAGUGAAUACGAAGGAAAUCGAAUCUCCAAUUCUGCAAACAAAGGAAGGGAACUUUUUCAACGUGCCCUCAGGCGACAUCCAAGUUGUGUUGAAAUUUACAUGGCGUAUUUCGAAAUGGAACUAUUCAAUGCGCGGAAACUGCGGAAUCAAAUCGAAGAGUAUGCCGAAGAAAAGGUUUUGAAGAGGAAACGGACAAAAUUCUCAAAAACAAAAUCGGAAAUCGAUGAAGAUUAUGAGAAUAUUCUCUCUGGUUCCUUGGCGAUUAAAGUAGCCGAGGGAGCGUUCAAAGAUGUGUCGAAAGACGAAAUUCCUUCGCUAGCUCAAGGGUUCUUAACUGUUACGCGCCCCUUCGUCUUUGCCAAGGAUGUGAGGAAUUGGCUUGUCGGCAAACUCGUCGCCGAAUUUCCAGACUGCGAAAUAACCCACGACGUAGUCGCACAGCGUUUCCUUGAUGAGGAUGCGUAUGAAGAAAAUCGAGUACCUCAUUUGAAUAUGAGAAUCGAGAAUUGUUACAAGUCGUUCGAGGAAUCCCUGAGAACAAUCAAUACGGAGGACAUGUGGGAUAAAUAUUUGUACGCUGUAGCGGAUUUGGAGGAGAUAUACAAGAACCGAUCGUGGGAACAUUCUAAAAAAUACUUCCAAGUGACGUGCAGAGCAUUUGAAGCAACGGGAAAAUUUGGCGAAACGCUGGUUUCGCUGUUACGAUCAAAGAAGGAAUUUCAAAUGGCCUUGGAUAUAUUGGAUCACGUCAUUGAACAAAAAUUGACAGAAGGUCGAAACUGCCGGGUCAUCGCAAAGCUUCUCAAAAACAAAUUGGGUCUCCUGGAACUGUAUCUGCGGUAUUUCAAGUCUCGUGCAUCCGCUGUCCGGCCUCUUCUUCCAGUUUCGCUGUUACGAUCAAAGAAGGAAUUUCAACUGGCCUUGGAUAUAUUUGAUCACGUCAUUGAACAAAAAUUGACAGAAGGUCGAAACUGCCGGGUCAUCGCAAAGCUUCUCAGAGACAAAUUGGGUCUCCUGGAACUGUAUCUGCGGUAUUUCAAGUCUCGUGCAUCCGGAGAAAAUCCCGUAGGAGAAAAAAACUCGCGGCCCGAAAAUCCCCUGGGGCCGAUAAUCCCGUCGGCCGUAAAAUCUUGCGGGGUCCGAAAAUCCCGUAGGUUUCCUCAGGAGAAAGUCUGGAUCGAAUAUCAUGAAACCGCAAAGAAAACGAAAGCUGAUGAUCCAACCUUGGAGUCAAUAAAAUCAAGAGCUUCAAUGAGCUUGAAGGGCUCGGAAUUGGAUGCCUUCAAUGAUUUCUUUGUCAAAAACUCCCCAUGCGAUGAAAAUGAAGUCGAAGCAUCAGAUAUGAUGAUUAAUGUGGAUGCAAUGCUCGCAGAUUGA